AUGUCGACCAUAGCGUCUCCCCGCGCCAGCAGCUCAGUACGCAGCCCCUCGUCCACCCGCAACUCCUUCGAUUCCUCCGCGCGACCCGCAACGAACACGCGCCGCAAUCGGGCGGCAUUACGCGACUACUAUGGCCUGAAGGCAGCAGCGAAAGAGACGGGGCCCAAGAUCUCCGAGGAGUCCGCAAGAACUGAGCUCGGGCCCGACGAAGACGAGACCUUGACAGAGCUCGAUGCUGCCAAUUUCGACGCAGAGGCCUUCGUGCAUACUCUACUAGCAAAUGAGGGCUUGAAGGGCGUGCUGAAGGUGGAAGCCGAUCUGGUGUCACAAAUAAGAAACCUCGACAGCGAUCGCAAAUCGCUCGUCUACGACAACUACUCCAAGCUCCUCUCCGCCACCACCACCAUCCGUCGUAUGCGGGGCAACAUGGACCCGCUUGCCCCGACCACGCACACGCUUGGGCCCGCCAUAUCGCACAUCGCAGAGACCGCCGCGUCGUUAUCGUCGUCAAUGCAGGGUAUGCAGACAAGACCGCCCCAAGGUCUCGGCAUUUCGGUGCAGAUGGAGGGCGAGGACAACGAGGCGGAGGCAGCCGCCAAGAAACAGAAGGAGAAAGACACUGUGCGCUGGGUGCUAGACACUCCCCGGCGGUUGCAGGAGAUGAUCGACCAGGAUCAGGACGAAGUGGCCGAGAAGGAGUGGGAAGAGGUCAGGAAGAUCCUGGAUAGGUGGCAAGGCGUUGCGGGCGUGAGGGAGCUGAGAGAGCGGUGUGAAGCGAUACUAAUGGAUGAAGAGGAGUCGGAUUGAUCUAA